UCUUCUUAUCUGCAACAAUCAAGCAAACAAGCAGCAGGUAUGGCGAUACAGUAGUAGCCAUUCCGACCCAUAAACUCUAAUGGCCUACAUCUUUUCAUUCCGACUUAUAACCUCGAGGGAGGUAAUCAAAGCUUACAUCUUUUCUUCUUCUUCUUCUAAGCCACCGAAGCUGCUCGACAACAACAACAACACUUCCCACCACCCUAACUCAGCAACGUUUACUCCAGAAAAAGGUCCAAGGAAACUCAAUUUGGAGAUUUCUCCUCACAGAGCUGUUUCUGCGGUGAGAUUGAUGCGAGUAGAAAUGGGGGGUGCUUUUGCUGAUCUUUUAAAUGAGCAAGGGAAGGGUUCUGGUGAAAAUGAAAUGGAGUAUGUCCGAAGAACACUUGGUUUUCGAACUCGGAUUCUGGAUGAUAGGGAUCUCAGACUGGUCACUGAAGUUGUUGGGGGCACAAUACGCUGGAGAAGAUACCUUGAUCAUUUAAUUCUUUCAUGUUGUCGCGAUGACAACACAUUCAGAAGCAUGGAACCUCUUCUGUUACAGAUUCUUCGGAUUGGUUUCUAUGAGAUUGUCAAGUUAGAUAUGCCUGCCUAUGCUGUUGUAGAUGAGAAUGUAAGACUUGCCAAGGUUGCUCUUAGGAUUGGUGCUGGUAACAUGGUGAAUGCUAUUCUACGAAAAUUAGUUUCACUUAAGGAAAGUAACUCACUUCCAUUGCCAAAUAUAGAAGGAGAUGAGCGUCAACAAGCACGUGCUCUUGCAACAAUUUAUUCACAUCCAGUUUGGAUGGUUAGACGAUGGAUAAAGUAUCUUGGACGCGAUGAAACAGUGAAGCUGAUGGUGUGGAACAAUAGUAACCCCAGCUUCAGCUUGAGGGCAAACAGCAGAAAGGGUUUCACAAGAGCUGAUCUAGUGAAGCGCCUUGAAACGAUAAAGGUUGAACAUGAACUAUCUCCUCAUCUGUCGGAUUUUGUUCGAAUAAAAAAUGGGAUGCAGACUGUUAAGCAAGCUGGAUUGCUUAGAGAAGGUUUAUGCUCAGUCCAAGAUGAGAGCGCAGGUUUAGUAGUUUCUAUUGUGGAUCCACAACCUGGUGACAGCAUUGUUGAUUGUUGUGCUGCUCCUGGUGGAAAGACUCUAUUCAUGGCAUCAUGCUUACGUGGUCAAGGUAAAAUAAAUGCAAUAGAUAUUAAUAAAGGCCGUUUGAGAAUCCUCGAAGAGACUGCUGUACUGCAACAAGUUGAUGAUGUUAUCACAACCAUUCAUGCGGAUAUCCGAACUUUUGCUGACAAUAAUGAGGUGAAAUUUGACAAGGUUUUGUUAGAUGUUCCAUGUUCUGGACUAGGUGUUCUUUCUAAGAGAGCUGACUUACGUUGGAACAGAAAAUUAGAGGAUAUGGAACUGCUUAAAGAUUUGCAAGAUGAACUACUCGAUGCAGCUUCGACUUUGGUAAAGUCUGGGGGAGUACUUGUAUACAGCACAUGUUCGGUUGAUCCUGAAGAAAAUGAAGAGAGAGUUAACACAUUUCUUCUCAGGCAUCGGGAAUUCUCGAUAGAGCCUGUGGAGAGAUUUGUAGGAAAAGAAUUUGUGGGAGAAGAUGGUUUUUACUUUUCUAACCCUUUGGUGCACUCAUUAGAUGGAGCCUUUGCAGCUCGACUUGUUCGUUCCUGAUGACCAAUAAUACUUCUCAAAACGAUGUCAACUUCUUGCAAUAGCGAUUUACAUAUUUUCAUGCGUUUUCUUCUUUCAGUUGAAGUUG